GUUGCCGCCGCCGCUGCCGCCAUCGUGCCAGCCCCUUGGGUCUCAACUAGGCUGGGUGACGCUCCAGAAUGGGAGACAAGCCAAUUUGGGAGCAGAUUGGAUCCAGCUUCAUUCAACAUUACUACCAGUUAUUUGAUAACGACAGAACCCAACUAGACGCAAUUUAUAUUGACGCGUCAUGCCUUAUGUGGGAAGGACAGCAAUUCCAGGGGAAAGCUGCCAUUGUGGAGAAAUUGUCUAGCCUUCCGUUCCAGAAAAUCCAGCAUAGCAUCACGGCGCAGGACCAUCAGCCCACGCCAGAUAGCUGCAUCAUCAGCAUGGUUGUGGGCCAGCUUAAGGCCGAUGAAGACCCCAUCAUGGGGUUCCACCAGAUGUUCCUAUUAAAGAACAUCAAUGAUGCUUGGGUUUGCACCAAUGACAUGUUCAGGCUUGCCCUGCACAACUUCGGCUGACCUCCUCCCAGCCAGGCACUCAUGCUGUUUCCUCCUCCCUCCUCUUCCCGAUAUUAUUCAUGCUCCUCCAGAUGCUCCAGAUAUCAUACACAAAUGAGCAGGGCCGCGGUGGGAGUGGGCGCAGUGCGCUACUGCUGCCGAGGUACUGUGCAUGAUGUUUGGCCGCUAGACUAGUUGCAUCUGACGGGAGAAGUUUGUGUUGUACCAGCG